AUGGCAACCAUCCACGGCGUCCAGGUUUCAGACCUGUACAAGAAGGUCUCCUGGGAAGACAUGACAAAGGAAUGGAAGAAGCGGUUCAUCGUCGACGAUGCCCCGACACUCGCCGUCAACCGCAUCUUCACGAUGGCUCAAGGGAGCACACCGACACGUGACUGGCUCACGGAUUGGCAUAAAAUUGUGGCAACGCCCGAUUUGGACUUGUCAUUUCCGCAUCUGCGGCGUGAGUUCUACAACAAGUCAUGCGCUGCUCUCAGCCUUGCACUUGGUGAUCGCGAGCAGUACAACACUUUCGCAGAGAUCAUCAACAAGGCGAGAGAGCUCAUCAAGACUAACAGGUCGGCUGCACACGAGAAGUCCACGUGGCAGCCAACCUAUGUGGAGAAGGUACGAACUGGUGAGGCGACUCCACCUUCUACUCCGCCAGAUUCGGCCGCCUUGCUAGCGGCCUCCUGCACAUCUGGGGAGGAUGCGAAUGUCGCAAGUCCUCGGUAYACUUACGAGGAYUAYGCUGUCCACUUGGUUCCACCGCUGGACCAACCGCUCCACGUGCAACAGUCCACCGCAUGCACGGUUUCAUCACCAUCGGCAACCGAUUCCGCAGCUUCGCCGCAAUCUAUCGUCGGGGAUUCGACGUCAUGGUCAAGACUUGAAGAGCUCGACCCGUUGACGUUCACGGACUUCCAGUGGAUGCCCGUUCCCUCGACCGGACAAUUGCCGAAACCGCAUUGCAACGUGCUUAUGGCACAAUUGCGGGACUACUUGCACACUGCAAUACCAGCUCCGUUGAUGGACGCCGGAGCAGAGGUUGUUGACCUUCACGCAUUCAUCGCGAAGAUCGACCGCGAGUUCAAGACGCAACGCCAGGACUUCAUGGUACGCGCCGGCCUUGGCCCACGUGUUCGGAGGAAGUCCCAGCCUACGCAAGUCACCCUGGCAGACGGUCAUACGCACAAGUCCAUCGACCGGUGCAUUGACGCCGUCCCAAUGUACUUCGCCCCUCACGCACGUGAGGCGGUGUCCUUUGACAUUCUGAACACCAAAUUCGACAUGAUCUUGGGCAUGUCAUGGCUGCGAAGCAAGGAUCACCCAUUGAACUUCUUCAACCGCACCGUUCACAUUAGUGACCGGAACGGAGUAUUAGUUCCAUGCACGGUGCCUCUUCCUCAUCCUUCGAUCAGCUGCCUCGUGGUAUCCGCCGCAAGCAUGCGAGCUUCCAUCAUCAGAGACGACAUCGAGGAGAUGGGGGUGUGUUUUCUCCACGCCCUCCCGCCACAUGACGCUUCAUCGACGGACUCACCUUCGGAUCCACGCAUCACCGAACUUCUCGACGCCUACAGCGACGUGUUCGAAGGCCCGCACGGAGUAGUACCGGAUCGACCCAUCCGCCACGAGAUCAUCCUCGAGGACGGGGCCGUACCUCCACGUGGUUGCAUCUACCGAAUGAGCGAGGAAGAGUUAAGUGUGCUACGCGCACAACUCGAUGACCUUCUAGAGAAAGGCUGGAUUCGACCUAGCUCAUCGCCAUACGGUGCGCCUGUUCUCUUCGUCCGGAAUAAGAACAAGGACCUGCGGUUGUGCAUCGAUUAUCGCAAGCUCAACGCGCAGACGAUCAGGAACGUCGACCCUCUCCCACGCAUCGACGACCUUCUCGAGCGACUGGGCGAUGCCAAGUUCUUCUCCAAGCUGGAUCUCAAGUCAGGAUAUCACCAACUCGAGAUUCGCAAGGAGGACCGUUACAAGACCGCGUUUAAGACGCGAUAUGGGCAUUUCGAAUGGCUGGUCAUGCCAUUUGGCCUUACAAAUGCCCCGGCCACUUUUCAAGCGGCUACGACAACGGAGUUCCGACACAUGCUGGAUCGAUACGUACUUAUCUAUCUCGACGACAUCUUGGUCUACAGCCCGAGUUUGGAGGAGCAUGUGGAACACCUGCGCACCGUUUUGGAGCGGCUACGACAAGCCAAGUACAAGGCCAACCGCGACAAAGUGCGAAUUCGCACGACAGGAGCUGGAGUACUUGGGCCAUUAUGUGACGCCGCAAGGCAUCCGAUUGCUGCACCUAUGACGAGGUUACAGUCGCCAAAGGUGCCAUUCGUAUUCGAUGACGACGCACGCCGGCCAUUCCAAGUACUUAAGACGGCUAUGCUCAUGGCACCCUUCCUUAGCAUCUAUGACCCCACCUUGCCGAUGAGAGUGACUACGGACGCUUCCGGCUACGGUAUUGGGGCAGUCUUGGAACAACACGACGGCGACGACUCGCACCCUGUGGAGUAUUUCAGCCACAAAGUGCCUCCCAUCAACUCGCUUGAUGAUGCAAGGAAGAAGGAGCUACUCGAGUUCGUCAUGGCUCUCAAGCAAUGGCGGCACUUCCUCCUUGGGCGUCGUAGGUUCACAUGGGUCAUUCACAACAAUCCAUUGACCUACUACAAGACGCAGGAUACGGUGAGCAGCACGAUCGGACGAUGGAUGUACUUCAUCGACCAGUUUGACUUCACACCGGAACAUCUUCCCGGCCUCUCCAAUCGCGCAGCAGAUGCUCUCUCGCGAAGACCUGAUCUUUGCGCUAUGACACAUCGUGCCUUCGCAUUCGACGAGGAGCUUCAGCGACACUUCAUCCGGGCAUAUCAGUCUGAUCCGAACUUCGGCACGCUCUAUGCACAGCUAUCUUCGGAUCACCCGCCGGMCAGCCAUUACUGCAUUGCCGACGGGUACUUGCUCCUCCACUCGAGAGGCAAGGACUUACUAUGUGUCCCACGCGACCGUCGUCUUCAGACUCGCCUCCUCGGCAAGUAUCAUGAUUCACGACUCGCCGGCCAUUUCGGAGUCAACUGCACUAUUGCACGGCUUCGACAGCGAUUCCGAUGGCCCGACCUCAUUACCGAUGUCACUCGGUAUUGCGACUCUUGCGAAGUUUGCCGACGCAGCAAGCCCCGGAACCGCAAUCCCUACGGCGAGUUACACCCGAUGCCUAUCCCACGGGAACCCGGUCUCUCCAUUGCCAUGGACGUCACCGGUCCGUGUCAAGCGGACAACUCCCAAAGAGGAGAGGCACAUCCUCGCAAGGAGCUAGUCAAAGCGAAGUUCCCCAAUUCCUACAGUGGAAAGAGGGAAGAGAACUUUGACAAUUGGGAGGCCAACGUCAAGACCUAUGUGCAUUUGCAACAGGUCUCCCCGGACCAGCACGUGUUGAUUGCAAUCCACGUGCUUAGAGAUGAGGCUGCCAGUUUCGCGAGAUCUCUAGUCCGCGCUGCUAACUGCAACAACGAUGAAGUGGCCUACUCGUCGUUCACCCCCCUUGUCGAUUUCAUGAAAUUGCUGCGCGAGCGGCUCGCUGAUGUUGCUCGUAGUGUUAAGGCCUCAGAUAAGCUUCAGACAAUCCACUCUCGUAAAUGGAAGAGCGCCAGGGCACUCAAGGGCGUAAUGGACGAAUUAGUGGCUGUUCCUGACCACGGGGUCACUGAGACCCACUUGGUCGGCCUCUUCUAUCGGGCUAUGCCCGAAACCUUUCGAGGGCAUUUCUUCGCAAAGAGCGAAGAUCCUGCCACCACUUAUGAUUCCCUUAGCCGUGAAGUGGUGGCUUUCGAGGCGAAGUCGGUGCCACUUUCUACUUUCUGGCACAAAGACCUCGACAAAGGAAAGCAAUGGAAAGGUCACACUAUCUCAGGGCAAGUUAAGACUAAGGAUAGUCUUGUCCUCACUUUAGACGAAGGUAGUGUUGACGAGAUCCCCUACGAACAGAUUGAGUGGGGUUUAGAGGACGAUGACACUAACAGCAGUCAAGGGAGGACCUAUGCUGUUGUCGCAGCUGGAGGGAGGCCGCAAGGAGGAGGACGAGGCCAGGGCCAAGGGGUCCGGGCCUCAGGGAGCUGUUCUCAGGGCGAUCAGGGGGUUGGCGGCAGAGGAGGAACCCGCCAAGCGGGAGGAAGGGGUCAAGGCGUGGCUGAAGAAUUGAAGGAGAGGAUGCCCGCCUGGGCCAAGAUGAAAAAGGAGAAUAAGGGGCAGCUUAUAUUAGUAGACACAAAGAUUUUUAGAGGACGAGCAGGCGCCUUAGUGGAUAGUGGAGCCACUCGUAGUUAUAUUAGUAGGAAGGCGCUGCAGAAGCUGAAGCUGCAGUUGAAAGUCCAGAGACUAACAGAACCCAUAGUAAGUACCCUCGCGGACAAUCGCACCAUGCGGGUGGAAGAGUAUGUAGAGGGAGUCAAGGCCUAUUUUCGCCUAGAACAGGAUGGGAAGGUGGAGAAAGUUCUCCAUUCCCUGACUCUCCUCGUAGAGGAUAGCCUCCCGUUCGAUAUAGUCCUAGGUAUGGACUGGGGAGAGGCAGCAGGGGCCACACUCCAUUUGAGAAAGCACGGGUGUAGGCUCCCUAGUCCGUCAGGCGGCGUCAAGACUGCCCGUCUGUUCCAUGUGUCAGGAGUAGACAACUCCCUGGCACAUUGCUGCCUUAGUGCUCCUGCGUUUGCACGGCUAGUAAAGAAGGAGCAACUAGAGGAACAGGUUUUUGUAACCUAUGUCAAGCCAGUAACUGAGCCUAAGGAGGAGAAGCCUAUAGACCCUACUAUUGCCAAGCUGCUGGAGGAGUUUAAAGAUCUAGUUGAACCGCCGAUAGGAGUACUUCCGCGGCCCAUCCAACAUCGAAUCGAGAUAGAGCCUGGCAGUAGAACGCCCAAGGGAGCCGUGUAUAGGAUGUCCCCGUGGGAAUUAGAGGAGCUGCGCAAGCAACUUGACGAGCUCCUAGAGAAGGGUUGGAUAAGGCCCAGUUCGUCCCCGUUCGGGGCACCUGUUCUGUUCGUUCCCAAGAAAGAGGGAGAGCUUAGGAUGUGCAUAGACUAUAGGGGUCUGAAUGCUAUCACAGUUAAGAAUGUUGAACCACUGCCCAAGAUUGACGAUCUUUUGGAUCGGGUGCAGGGGUGCAGAUAUUUUACGAAGAUAGAUUUAAAGUCCGGAUAUCAUCAGAUAGAGGUUCAUCCUAAUGAUCACUACAAGACAACUUUCCGGACUAGAUACGGGCACUACGAGUUCAUCGUGAUGCCCUUUGGACUAACCAACGCGCCAGCAACUUUCCAGCGAUGUAUGAAUGAUUUGUUUAGGCCGUGGUUACAUAGGUUCGUUGUAGUCUAUUUGAAUGAUAUCCUAGUGUUUAGCAAAACCCUCGAAGAGCAUCAGGGUCAUCUCAGGCAGGUCUUGGAGAAGAUGAGAGAAGCUAACUUCAAGAUCAACGCAAAUAAGUGCGAAUGGGCGAAGACCCAAGUGUUGUAUCUAGGCCACGUCUUAGACGGAGACGGCAUCAAGCCCGAGGAUAGUAAGGUCGCAUCGAUCAGAGAUUGGCCUACACCGAGUACCUUGGCAGAGUUGCGGUCGUUCUUAGGCCUAGCGAACUACUAUAGGAAGUUCGUAAGGAACUUCUCCACGAUCGCUGCGCCCCUUCACAUACUGCUUAGGAAAAAGACUAUUUGGAAGUGGGACAAGGAUUGCACGUGUGCUAUGAAGAAGUUGAAGCAGGCACUGAUAGAGUAUCCAGUCCUUAAGGUGGUCGAUCCGUCCUUACCCUUUGUCGUCACUAUGGACGCCAGUCAGUACGGCAUAGGUGUUGUUAUGCAGCAAGACGAUGGCAAUGGUUAUAAGCCCGUGGAGUUCAUGUCUGCUAGGAUGCCUUCAGAGAAGGUUGCGACCUCGACCUACGAGAGGGAACUCUACGCUCUCAGGCAAGCGCUAGAACACUCGAAGCACUACUUGCUUGGGAGGCACUUCAAAGUCUAUUCUGACCACGAAACAUUAAGAUGGCUAAAGACGCAGGCCAAGAUGACACCUAAGCUUACUAGGUGGGCCGCAAAAAUAGAUCAAUAUGACUUCGAGCUCAAGCCAGUCAAGGGGAAAUAUAACGCAGUUGCGGACGCUCUCAGUAGGAGAGCGGACUACUUUGGAGCGAUAGUUCACUAUCUGGACAUUGGGAGAGACCUGCAGGAAAGGGUUAAAGAAGCGUAUGCGCAGGACCCUAUCUAUAGUGACCUCCUCAAGCGAGUACAGGAGGCCCCAGAGACCGAGCCAAAUUUCCGCACUAUGGGUGGACUACUGUUCGAGAAGACUAACGUAGUGGACCGCCUGUGCAUUCCCAAUAGUGAAGAGAUCCGCAGUCUGAUCCUAGGAGAAUGCCACGAUACGGGGGGUCAUUUUGGUUGGCAAAAGACUCUAGCCAACCUGAUGCACGCGUACACCUGGCCAGGAAUGAAGAAUGACUGCAUAGAGUAUGUUCGCAGUUGUAAGGUCAGCCAGAGGAAUAAGUCUACUACGCGUGCCCCGCUAGGUCUUCUCAGACCCUUGCCUAUUCCUGAUCAGCCCGGGGAUUCAGUGUCCAUUGACUUCAUGGACGCAGGCGUCAAGAGUAGGCAUGGCAAGAGCCAAGUCAUGGUGAUAGUCGAUAGAUUCAGCAAGUAUGCUGUUUUCAUCCCUUUGCCUUCUGAGGCACGAACGGAGUUAGUGAUCCGUAAGUUCUCUGAUCAUUGGGUCAGUGAGCACGGGGUCCCAUUGUCCAUAGUUAGUGAUAGAGACACCCGAUUCACAAGUCAGAACUGGCAGGAGUUGAUGAGAGUCUAUGGGUCUAAGUUGCUGGUGUCGUCUGGCCGUCACCCAGAGACUAACGGUCAGACCGAAUAGAUAAAUAAGAUUCUGCAGCAAGUUCUGAGAAUGUACAUUAGACCAGAUCAAGUUGACUGGGACGAGAUGCUCCCCAAGG